CUCUUUCCAUCGAUUCUCUUCCCUCUGUUGCAAACUCUCCCUCCUCUUUUUGUUCCCCCGGAGGCUUGAGAGUGAUAGAGGAAAAAGUAAAAUAGAAAAAACUAAGAUAGAUAAUAAUGCCAACGCCAACAGCAGCAGCAACAACGGCAAGCUUUGGCGGUGUAGAAACUCCAAAUGGAGACUCAUCCAACACUUGUGUCCCUCAAGAAUCGCGUGACCUUCCUCCUUUAAUGUCUUGUUCUUACCCCAUCACUCUUAAGUUCAUGGACGUGGGAUACCGUCUGAAGAUAGAGGAGAAACAAAGAAAAGGGACCAUCAAGAGGUUGUUUACCACGCACGAGUCAUCAUCGUCAGACCAAAGAUCAACGGCGCAAGAGCGAACCAUUCUCAAGGGAGUGACGGGAAUAGCCUACCCAGGGGAGAUCCUAGCGGUGCUGGGCCCAUCAGGGAGCGGAAAAUCCACGCUCCUAAACGCGCUCGCAGGGAGGCUCCAUGGACACGGCCUCACUGGGACAAUCCUCGCCAACUCCAACAAACUCACCAAACCGGUUCUCCGCCGAACCGGGUUCGUCACACAGGAUGACAUCCUCUACCCUCACCUAACGGUGCGCGAGACCCUCAUCUUCUGCUCCAUGCUGCGCCUCCCAAGGACCCUGCCACGCGCCGCCAAGGUCGCCGCGGCGGAGUCGGCAAUCGCGGAGCUAGGGCUCGGCAAGUGCCAGCACACCAUAAUCGGAAACAGCUUCAUCCGAGGCGUCUCCGGCGGAGAGCGGAAGCGCGUGAGCAUCGCGCACGAGAUGCUGGUGGACCCUUCUCUCCUCAUACUGGACGAGCCUACCUCCGGUUUGGACUCGACGGCGGCACACCGGCUCGUGGUGACGCUGGGGUCAUUGGCAAAGAAGGGGAAGACGGUGGUUACGUCGGUGCACCAACCUUCGAGUCGCGUGUACCAGAUGUUCAACAAGGUUCUGGUCUUGUCUGAAGGACAGUGUUUGUACUUUGGCAAAGGAAGCGAUGCCAUGCGCUACUUUCAGUCGGUUGGGUUCGCGCCGUCAUUUCCAAUGAAUCCGGCGGAUUUUCUGCUCGAUCUCGCUAACGGUGUUUGCCAUGUCGAUGGUCAAAGUGAAAGAGAUAGGCCCAACAUAAAACAAAGCCUAGUUAAUUCAUACAACACAGUAUUGGGUCCCAAGGUAAAAACUGCCUGCAUGGAUACUGCCAUUGUUCCUACAAAAAACACACACCCUUUGAGAAGCAGUUCUUCCAAAGAAUGUAGACACAGUGACAGGGUUAGCUUCUUUGAUUGGUUUUACCAAUUCAGAAUUCUGCUUCAGAGAAGCCUCAAAGAAAGAAAGCACGAAUCCUUCAACACACUGAGAGUCUUUCAAGUCAUUGCUGCUGCACUAUUAGCUGGUUUAAUGUGGUGGCACUCAGAGUAUAGGAAUAUUCAAGAUCGGCUUGGGCUACUCUUCUUCAUUUCAAUCUUUUGGGGAGUCUUCCCAUCUUUCAACUCAGUGUUUGCUUUCCCUCAAGAGCGUGCCAUCUUCAUGAAAGAAAGGGCUUCUGGUAUGUACACAUUGUCGUCCUAUUUUAUGGCACGAAUAGUUGGAGACCUGCCCAUGGAGCUUAUUCUUCCCACGAUUUUCCUCGUUGUUACAUAUUGGAUGGGUGGUUUAAAGCCUGAUUUAUGGGCUUUUCUCUUGACUUUGUUGCUUGUUCUUGGAUACGUGCUUGUGUCACAGGGUCUUGGGCUUGCUUUAGGUGCAGCAAUAAUGGAUGCAAAACAGGCUUCCACAGUUGCAGCAGUGACAAUGCUAGCUUUUGUCUUGACAGGAGGAUACUAUGUCCAUAAGGUGCCAUCAUGUAUGGCUUGGAUCAAAUAUAUAUCCACAACCUUCUACUGUUAUAAGCUGCUGACUAGAAUCCAGUAUGGGGAUGGCAAGAAGAUAUCAUAUCUUUUGGGAUGCUAUCAUGGUGACAUUGAUAGGGCAAACUGCAAAUUUGUUGAGGAAGAUGUGGUGGGGCAAAUUGGCACUGUGGGAUGCAUUGGGGUAUUGUUUUUCAUGUUUGUUUCUUACAGAUUAUUGGCCUACCUUGCCUUGAGGCGCAUCAAGAGUUGAAAAUUCCGUGUUGCACAGUGUUCUUUUGGAAAACCUUAAAUUAAAAAACAUGAUGUUUUGAAUGACGCAGAAUGCAAAGCAGAAUGGAUCAAUUUGUUGGCUCCUAGUGCACCACUCAACCUCUACAGUACUAGGCUUGACUGGCUAGUUGAUUCGUACUAACUGUAAUUCAAGAA